AUGAUGCCGUUCCCGGUGCCGGCCCCGGGCGCGGCGGCGCCCCCGGAGAAGCGCUAUGGCAUCUCGUCGCCCAUCAGCCUGGCCGCCCCCAAGGAGACCGACUGCGCGCUCACCCAGAAGCUGAUCGAGACCCUGCGGCCCUUCGGCGUGUUCGAGGAGGAGGAGGAGCUGCAGAGCAGGAUUCUGAUUCUGGAGAAGCUGAACAGUCUGGUCAAGGAAUGGAUCCGAGAGGUCAGCGAGAGCAGGAGCCUCCCGGAAGCCGUGGUCGGGAGCGUGGGCGGGCGGCUGUUCACCUUCGGCUCCUACCGGCUGGGGGUGCACACCAAGGGCGCCGACAUCGACGCGCUGUGCGUGGCGCCCAGGCACGUGGAUCGCAGCGACUUCUUCACCUCCUUCUACGACAAGCUGAAGCUGCGGGAAGAAGUCAGAGACUUAAGGGCCGUGGAGGAGGCGUUCGUCCCAGUCAUCAAGCUGUGUUUCGACGGGGUGGAGAUCGACAUCUUGUUUGCGAGGUUAGCCCUGCAGACCAUUCCGGAAGAUCUGGACCUGAGAGACGACAGUUUGCUUAAAAACUUAGAUAUCCGAUGCAUAAGAAGUCUUAAUGGUUGCCGGGUAACUGAUGAGAUUUUACAUCUGGUACCGGACAUUGACAACUUCAGGUUAACUCUGAGAGCCAUCAAACUGUGGGCCAAAUGCCACAAUAUCUACUCCAAUAUAUUAGGUUUCCUUGGAGGUGUUUCCUGGGCUAUGCUGGUAGCGAGAACUUGCCAGCUGUAUCCGAAUGCGGUGGCAUCAACUCUUGUACGUAAAUUUUUCUUGGUGUUCUCCGAAUGGGAAUGGCCAAACCCGGUGUUGCUGAAAGAGCCCGAGGAGCGGAAUCUGAAUUUGCCUGUUUGGGACCCCAGAGUGAACCCCAGUGAUAGGUACCAUCUAAUGCCCAUAAUUACCCCGGCAUAUCCCCAGCAGAACUCCACCUACAACGUGUCCGUCUCCACCAGGAUGGUCAUGAUUGAGGAGUUCAAACAAGGGCUUGCUAUCACGCAUGAAAUCUUGCUGAAUAAGGCAGAGUGGUCCAAACUUUUUGAAGCUCCAAGCUUCUUUCAAAAGUACAAGCAUUAUAUUGUACUUUUGGCAAGUGCGCCAACGGAGAAACAGCACCUGGAGUGGGUGGGCUUGGUGGAAUCCAAGAUUCGGAUCCUGGUUGGGAGCUUGGAGAAGAAUGAAUUCAUUACGCUGGCCCAUGUGAACCCACAGUCAUUUCCAGCACCCAAAGAGAACCCUGACAAGGAGGAGUUUCGUACGAUGUGGGUGAUUGGGCUCGUCUUAAAGAAGCCAGAAAACUCUGAAGUUCUCAGUAUUGACCUCACCUAUGAUAUUCAGUCUUUCACAGAUACAGUGUAUAGGCAGGCAAUCAAUAGUAAGAUGUUUGAAAUGGAUAUGAAAAUUGCCGCAAUGCAUUUAAGAAGAAAAGAACUUCAUCAGCUGCUACCCAAUCAUGUGCUACAGAAGAAGAAACACCCUGCUGAGGGCAUCAGAUUGACAGCUGUGAGUGACAGCAGCCUCGGUACUGACAGUGAGAGCAGCAUGCCCGUGCCUUCGCCGACUGGCCUCGUGACGGGCAGCUGCCCGGGCAGAAGCAGCCCUGCCCCGGCUGUCCUGUCAGUGUCUCUGGGCAGCAGCACGCAGCCUUCUGAGGUUGCCUCGCAACCCGUGAGUCCCAGCGAAGGCGCCGGGGCUGUGCUGAGUGAGGGUGGCCCUCAGACUGCCUCACAACCAAAGCCCACCGUCACCAGAGUCGUUUCUUCAACGUGUCUGGUGAGCCAUCCCCCCAUACCUGCAGGAAAUGCAGCAACCAGCAUCCCUAACCCCAUAGUAGGCAUCUAGGGACACUGACCUCACAGAAAAGGAGGUGUAGAAGUGAGAACACGAGUGGAGCAACCCA